AUACCAAUUCCAUUUUCUUCUCCAAAACUCAAAUCAACAAACCCUAGAUUUGUUCAGCGAAGAAAGAAGGAUCGAAGCAAAUCACGAUUCAUAGUGAACGAAAAUGGGGAAGCAACCGGUGAAGCUGAAGGCUGUUGUAUACGCUUUAUCUCCAUUUCAACAGAAAAUUAUGCCUGGUUUAUGGAAGGAUCUUCCUGGUAAGAUCCAUCACAAAGUGUCUGAAAAUUGGAUCAGCGCUACUCUCUUGCUUGGUCCACUCGUCGGAACCUACUCGUAUGUGCAGCACUUCCUGGAAAAGGAGAAGUUAGAACACAGAUACUAAAGCUGUGUUUUUCAUCUGUCUGUUGAAGAUCUCUAUUCCAUUUUGCAGUUUCAACAGGAAAUAAGCUACUAUUGUUGCAUUUUUCGAAUUUUUCAUUUUGAAGAUAUUUACUUGUAUGGCCCUUAUAAUAGCAAUUAAAUCUCUGUUAGGGUCUUUUGAAAGUCUUGUGCAUCCAAAAGCUUAUUCAGAAAUAGUCUGAUAAAAUAAUUUGUAACACAUUUCAUUGACUUGCUGUUAAAAGAUCCCAUUGUGAUUUCACAAUGAACAGUUUUCAUUCAAUUAUCAUGUGUUUCUUUUGGCUUGAUUAA